AUGGCUGGUCUUUAUCCCAUCAGAAGAAGCUUCAUGUCCAUUCUGGUGUACCAUUCUUGCGUACCACGUAGGCCCCCCAAGCCUGCUGUGGACAGUGGAGAGUUCACUGUUGCCCUGAGCGACGUCCUGAUGGCCUGGAAACACUUACUAUUAGACAACCUUCACCUGCCCCUUUACAAUGACUCUUCCUGACCAGAAAACUAUGACAUCAUCAGGAAAGAAUACGACUCCUUUCUGAAGCGCACCAACACUAUGGACUUGAUUGAUAUCCGCUCUAUGUACAAACAGCUGAGGGUUGAUCCGGACCCUGAGGAGCCUCUGAGCUCAGUCCAGCUGUUUCAGUCCAGUAACAUGGAGACCUAUGAGGUGAGGGAUUCCCUGUCCCAGGUCCCCUCGACUCAUCAAGCAAGUCAAAGCCAUACAGCACACAGGCUGCUAAAUCCCCAAUGGGUAGGAAAGGUGGCGAGGAGGGUCUUCUGCUCCUAUCUGGAUCAGCUGGUCAACUCCAAGAACGACAUGGCCCUAGCGCACACCCUUGACACCCCUGGCAGAUCGCUCGGACGUGUAGCUUUUACUGACCUGAAGCACGGAGCAAACAUGUCACUCUUCUUGGCUGCGACAUCAUUUGCCAGAGCAGUCCAGCUGGGAGGAAAGGGCUAUGCCCCCGCUGAGUCUGACCCCCUGAGGAAACAUGUUAAAGGCCUGUCAGACUUUGUCCAUUUCACAGACAAUCUGGAGGAGAUAUUGGGAGACAACCCUAACCCAAGUAUCAGGGCAGCUCUGUUGGAGGGGUGGGCCAGUGGAGAUGUCAGCUGCAGCAUACACAAUGAGACCGCCAAGGACCUCAAAGAGCAGAUCGCUCAGAUCCACCUGUCCCACAGACUGCAGUCGGCUAGUGGGACAGGGAUCAGCCCAGCCAGGCCUAGAUACCAUGCUAUUAACCACACCACUGCUUAUGGAGGUCGGGAGACGAAGGUCCUGAUAGCAUUGCUGGAUGAAGAUGCUUUGGCACCGCCAUUCAGGAACAAGGCAGUCUUACUCUCUGCGGAUCAGGCUGUCCUCAGUGUGGAGGAGGGGACCUGCAUGCUGUUACUGUUCCGAUCCCCUGAGGUUCCCACGGGCUCCUCUCCAAAACCCCUGCAGCCCCACGUCCAGGAGCGACAAGAUCAACUCAAACCCAAGUUUGCCUCCACGUACCAGGACGACUCGAAGCCACCGCGUGCUGGACUUCCGCAGCAUCAUCCAGGGCCCCACCUGUGUGCAACAGGCUCCCAAGUGGACCCUCACUACUGUGGACUCCACCUCUGCCCAGCUCCUCGACAGCAGAGUGGAGGUUUACCCAGAGGCUGAGAGGAAAGAGGCCCAGCGAGGAGGCACGACCCGGGGGGUUGCCACAGCGCUGGGGCCCAGGAGUGGAGCAGGCGGGGGCGGUCUGAAGACCAACAUCCAGACAGAAGGAAGCAGCAAGGCCUGUAAACGGAAGCUGGUGGAUUGUAGCGAACAUUGUGGGUCAGAGAACCAGCUCCCUCUGAAGAAACCCCUCCACCACUGUAACAUCAACCAAAUUGUCAGGGAAGAAAGCCCCAAGUAAGAAGAAACUGAUUGCCGGACAGGGCAAGCUCACCAGCUUCUUCAGAUUGUGUAAACUAUUCAUUGUCGUGUUGAAGGAGAAUGCAGUACUAGAAAUGUUGUUUUAUUUAAUCAAUGGUCUGUCUUCUUUGAAGCUGAAUGUUCCUGUAAUCAAUUGCACUUGUUUUUCCCCCAGUGGAGUUUGGCCUGAUUUCAGAGGCUUUAUUGUACUUUCUAUUUAUUUUUUGCCUCUGUUGUGCUUUCCAACAAUUGACAGACAUCAUCAUUUUGAAAGAAAGAUCGCCAGCUGUCGUGCGUCUGUGGGAGAGUGUAAUGCAAUGAUGCAGAAGAGCUGUUGAGGCAAUGUGGAAAGUCUGAGAGUGGUUAAAACCCAAGCAGAUCUGUUUGGGUUUUAAGCGGAGGUUUGGCCUGCAGUUUAUCUCCCUCUAAGACAAAAGGCCCACCGCUAGACACUUCUCCUCUCUCACAUGCAUCUUCCCUACUACUAUCAUAAACGGUAUAGAAUUUCCUAUUUUCUUCACCUGAACAAUGGUGACUUUCCAAAUGUAGCUAUAUUAUGUGACCCAGAAUUGACAUGUACAAAUGUUUUCAGGUUUCUCAAAACAUUUUUAAUAGUUGUUUUAUACAUGAUUUGUGUUUUAGAACCAUGCCACAGGUGUAAGGAACACAUAAGGAAAGUGUGUCAUGUUUUGCAGGAGAUUGACAGGCGGCAGGGCAGCAGUGUAGGAUCCACCACACUCUUAUGCUUGCGAACAGGGUCGGUACACUCGUCCGAUCAUGCAUCGCAGCACUGGAGGGAAUAAAAUUGGUAGAAUUGCAGUGAUUAAAAAAUAAUAAUAAUUUAAGCAUUAAACUGUUUUUAAUAGUGAUGUCAUAACCUUCAACAGUCUUCAGUUUGUUUCUUUUAUAUGUCUGAAAUGUCAGAAGUCCAGCUGAUAAAACUCUUGUUCCAAGUAA